AGGAAAUUGGUCAUAAUUGGGGAUGGUGCUUGUGGUAAAACUUCUCUCCUCAGUGUGUUCACACUUGGGUAUUUUCCAACUCAUUAUGUCCCUACGGUCUUCGAGAACUAUGUCACAGACUGCAGAGUCGAUGGGAAGAGCGUACAAUUGGCAUUAUGGGAUACAGCAGGACAGGAAGACUACGAAAGACUGCGACCCUUGGCAUACUCAAAAGCACAUGUCAUCCUCAUAGGAUUCUCGAUUGAUACCCCCGAUUCUCUAGAUAACGUCAAGCACAAAUGGGUUGAAGAAGCAAACGAACGAUGCCCGGGCGUUCCAAUCAUCCUAGUUGGACUAAAGAAGGAUCUUCGAGAGGACCCAGUUGCAAUUGAGGAGAUACGGAAGAAGUCACAGCACUUCGUGGGUCCCAAGGAGGCAGCAGAUAUCGCACACGACAUCGGAGCACGGAAAUAUCUCGAAUGUUCCUCUCUGACUGGUGAAGGCGUAGACGAUGUAUUCGAGGCAGCAACACGGGCUGCACUACUUACAUUCGAGAAAGGAGAGGGAGGUGGGUGCUGUGUCAUCCUAUAA